UGUUCCAGUCUUCACCAAGGCAGCGACUUCAGGGGUACAGAGGUUUUGAGUGAUCCUUUGUUCCUAGUUAUUCUCCUAGUGGACCCCAAAGGAGAAGUCACAGCAAAGAAGUUGCCACCAAGCAGCCCAAGGGGUCCGGCUGCAAACCUGGAGGAGAGACCUGGAGAAAGCUGGAAACAUGCUGCCCUUGUGCACUGCGAAGAAGCAGAUUCAGCUCCUGGGAAGACGGGUGACAGCACACAUGAGGGAGAUGGGCGUCCCCAAAUCUGCCGUGUAUGCGGGGACAGGGCAACUGGCUACCACUUCAAUGUCAUGACAUGUGAAGGAUGCAAGGGAUUUUUCAGGAGAGCCAUGAAACGCAACACUCGGCUGAGGUGCCCCUUUCAGAAGGGCACCUGUGAGAUCACCCAGAAGACCCGGCGACAAUGCCAGGCCUGCCGCCUCCGCAAGUGCCUGGAGAGUGGCAUGAAGAAGGAGAUGAUCAUGUCUGACGCGGCUGUGGAGCAGAGGCGGGCCUUGAUCAGGAGGAAAAAGAGAGAACUGAUGGGCACUCAGCCCCUGGGAGCCAAGAGUCUGACUGAGGAGCAGCAGACAAUGAUCAGAGAGCUGAUGGAUGCUCAGAUGAAAACCUUUGACACCACCUUCUCCCACUUCAAGGAUUUCCGGCUUCCAGAAGUGCUCAGCAGUGGUCACGAGAUUCCAGAAUCUCUGCAAACAUCGUCGGGGGAAGACGCUGCCAAGUGGAGCCAGAUCAGGGAACAUCUGUGCUCAGUGAAGCUCUCUCUGCGGCUGCGGGGGGAAGAUGGCAGCGUCUGGAACUACACACCCCAAGCCGACAACAGUGGGAAAGAGAUCUUUUCCCUGCUGCCCCACAUGGCUGACAUGUCAACCUACAUGUUUAAAGGCAUCAUUAACUUUGCCAAAGUCAUCUCCCACUUCAGGGACUUGUCCAUCGAAGACCAGAUCUCCCUGCUGAAGGGGGCCACCUUUGAGCUGUGCCAACUGAGAUUCAACACGGUGUUCAACGCAGAGACCGGUACCUGGGAGUGCGGUCGGCUGUCCUACUGUUUGGAGGAUCCUGCAGGUGGCUUCCAGCAGCUUCUCCUGGAGCCCGUGCUGAAAUUCCACUACAUGCUGAAGAAGCUGCAGCUGCAUAAGGAGGAGUACGUGCUGAUGCAGGCCAUCUCUCUUUUCUCUCCAGACCGCCCGGGUGUGGUGCAGCGCGGCGUCGUGGACCAGCUGCAGGAGAGAUUCGCCCUCGCCCUGAAGGCCUACAUCGAGUGCAGGCGGCCCCAGCCUGCCCACCGCCAGGGAUGGGAGCGGCCAGGUAUUUUCCUGAGGCUCCUACGAGGUCUUCUAGCAAGAGCCAGCAAGAACUGCAAUGAUGAUAAAGAUAACCAGGGUAACAAUAAUGAUGAUAAUAAAUACAUUUGUACUGAGAAGCGUCAGCCCUGGUACCAAGCAGUUUACAUGUGUGGCACCUUUAAUCUUGAAAACAGUCCCAUGGAGUGGGCGCCACCACUGUCCUGCGAGGGACUGGAGGCUCAGGGUCCACAGCCAGCUAGGUGGGAUCUGGAGCUGGCCGCCAGUGGACAAGCCCACACUUUUGAGCAUUACCUAAUCGUCUCUAGGAACAAACCCAAGCAAACAGGGUAGGAAACUUCUUGGUUUCCUCUGGUCACAACUGAAGGAGGAAGCCUGUUCAGAGCUUCACCAGACAGAGGCUUCCAUCCCUUCACUGGGCCUCAGCAGUGCCCAGACCUGGUGCUCACAGGCCUGGGCCUUGAGGGGUGAAGGCCUGCACUAGGGAUGCUGGCUGAGUCUAAAACCUCAAGUCCUUACUUGGCCUGCUUCAACUUUAUUUUGAGCUCAGCAUCUGGGAUGCUGGGGGUGGCCAUGUCUAGAUUUGCGUGGUCCUCCCCUGUAUGGAGCCAGGAGGCGUCAUGUGGAAACUAAGGCGUGAGGUUUGUCUGAGACACUAGAUACCAGGGUGGCUCCCGCGAGGAUCUGCAGGGCAGCCUGUAGUCCUUGCCUCUACAACCACUCCAUUUGGUCCUGACCCACAGCCAUUAGCCAAAGCAGUGAUUUCUCCCUAGGAUUGCCCUGUGUACUUGGCCCCUACAGUGCCCGGAUUUUCCCAUGGAAGUGUCUCUGUACAGGAAUUCAAGCCCCACGCAUGAAGAGCAAGUGGAGAGUGCAAAUCCAUACCUCAGGCUUCCCAAGGCUUUUCUGCCCUUCUCAUCCACAGACUAAGGGAAGCUUAAGGAAUUCAACUGAGCCUUAUCUCUUGGCUGGCUCAGGAUGUUCUGAAAUUAAUGCCUCCAAACCUGUGCAACUUCAAAGCAGUCCCAGGGUUGGGGGAUGGGAACAAGGGUGGGCUGCACCUCCAACUUUUCCUCUGGCU